UGGGUGUGGCCUGAGUGGGUGUGGCGGUGUGGGCGUGGCUUGUUGCUGACCGCUCACCUGCAGGAGCUGGCGGCACAGCAGGAGGAGGCGGAGCUUGAGUCCGGCCCCGCCCCCCCGGGGCCCCCCAACGACUACAAGGACAAAUACCGGCACCUGAUUGGCUCCGAGGCCGCCAAGGCCGCCGCCCGCACCAUGGAGGCCAACAAGGCGUACGGCUGCGUGCCCGUGGCCAACAAGCGGGACACGCGCUCCAUCGAGGAGGCCAUGAACGAGAUCCGCGCCAAGAAGCGGCUGCGGCAGGCGGAGGACGAGGGGGGGGCCGGCCCCGGGGGGCCCUGCGUGUGAGGGGGGGNNCCACC